AGAUUUUAAUUAUUAUUUGAAAUGACCAAAAAAACAAAGAAGGUUGGAAUUACAGGAAAAUAUGGUACCAGAUAUGGUGCAUCUUUAAGAAAGAUUAUCAAGAAGUUCGAAAUUUCAUAACAUCAAAGAUAUUUCAACACUUUUACUGGAGCUCAUUCACUCAAGAGAUAAGCUAUUGGUAUUUGGAGAUGCACACAAACUGGAUUACAAAUUGCUGGUGGUGCUUGGGAAGUCAAUACUCCUGCUGGAUUAUCUGCAAAAUAAGGCAUGUUGAGAAUCAAGAAAUUGAAGGAAGAUGCUGAAGUUGAAGUCAAGGAUGAGAAGAAGGAAUAAAAAAAGCAAUAACCAAAAGAGUAAAAGGAAUAAACCAAAGAACAACCCAAGGAACAUACCAAAAAAACAUAACCAAAAAAAUAACAAGCAAAGAAACAAUGAGUAUAUUAAUCAAAUAUAAUAAUAAUUAAAAUAUG